GUACUUCAGGUCAGCUUCACAUUCUCUGAUCCUCGGGGCAUACGACCCAAAGGCAUUUGCACGUGGAGGUUUAAUUUCUCUUUCAACUCCAGCAGAGACUUUUACUCGAAGGAAGUUGUGGAGAGCCUCUGUCAGCAGAGGAACCUGAGUAUCCGCAGACACAUGGAGGAGGGAAUUCAGCCGAAUCAGUUUGCUGAGCUGCUCUUGGGCUCUGGGUUGGUUCUGAACGAGGAUGUCCACUGGAUCACCUACCGUGGGACCAACACCUUGGAGGUGCGAGAGGAUGGACACCCCGGCAGACCAGAAGCGCCACACAUAGUCUUGGCUGGCCUGUACGAUCUUGCUCACCUUUUGCAGAUGCUUCGCGGAGAAUGUAUACCAGAUGAGGUGCAAAACUUCUUCGAGGAUUUGGAUCUCUUCUUCCCAUGGUUUCUCCAGCCUUUGCGCUCGCGAACUUAUGCUCAUACCAAGUUGUUGAGUUGUUCUUUCAGUGUCACUCAAUCUCAACUGCAUUCUACACGCACGCCAACUUAA